AUGGAAAAUCAUAAAUAUGCCACUGAGUUCGUUUUUAGCCUUUGUGAAAACAGACAAGUAGAGCUGCUGUUCUUCCUCUUGUUCCUGCUGUGUUACAGGGCUGUCUAUGGGAACUCCAUCAUUCUAGACAUCAUCACUUGCAGCCACUUAACUGAACAACCGUUGUAUUACUGUCUUUGCCACCUUUCCCUCAUGGACCUCUGCUGCACCUCCACUGUGGUUCCCAGGCUCACUAGGGACUUGGCUGCUACAAGAAAGAACAUUUCCUAUAGUGAAUGCAUGACCCAGCUCUUCACUUAUCACUUGCUGGCAGGUGUGGAAAUCUUCAUCCUGGUGUCCAUGGCCUUGGACCGCUAUGUUGCCAUUGUCAAACCUCUGCACUACGUGAUAAUCAUGAACAGAAGGAGAUGUCAUGUACUGACUGCUAUGAAACCCUGGGCAGUGGGUUUCUGGCACUCUAUUGCUUUACUUCUCAUGGUGCUCAGUCUGCCUUUCUGUGGUCCCAACCACAUCAAUCACUACCUGUGUGAUGUCAAGCCUCUUUUGAAACUGCUCUGCAAAGAUAUCUAUGUUGUUAGCAUUUUAGUAAUUGCCAAUGCUAGGAUGGUGCUCGUUGCCAUUAUUCUUGUUCUAGUUGCUUCUUACAUACUCGUUGUGUAUAAUCUGAGGACAAGAUCAUCUGCAGGGCGACGCAAAGCUCUCUUAACCUGUAGUUCUCACGUAAUGGUGGUAGUUUUAUUUUUUGUUCCCUGUAUUUAUAUUUACAUUCUACCUGCAGGAAGUGAGAAUAAGGAUAAGGAAAUUUCUGUGUUUUACACUGUGAUUGCCCCCAUGCUGAAUCCCCUCAUCUACACUCUGAGAAACAGUGAGAUGAAAGGCAUCAUGCAUAAGGUGUGGUCUCGAAUGUCACAUUCAGAGGUGAAAUAA